AUGGCGUCGCUGCCAUCAUCUGCGUCCCACGACCACCGUCCCAGCCGGUCUCGUCCUCGCAACGUCCAGCUUGUUCGGAGUACAAGCCACGAUCAACCCAAGACCGCCGACCUCAAUCGACCACUUCCCCCGCCUCCCGUCACCGCUACCGCCGAGACAUUCGAGAUCCCUACACUGCGUCGAAAACCCCUCCCCGAUUCACCAGAUUCUGGCACAGCAAAGCUCAACCACAGUCGCUCCUUCAGUCACCCGUUCCCGUCCAUCUUCGGUUCCAAAAAGUCGGAGAAAAAGAGCAAGCAUGGCAUCGAUUUGGAUGGAACACGCGAGACUCGGCACGAAGAAGGAAACAUGAAGCAGCUGCCAGCUGAUGCCUCUCUACCACGGGGUGACCGCCAGCCGGUCACGGGGAAGUGUAUGACCUGCGAUUCGACCGUCCGGUGGCCGCAAGGGCUUAAAGUAUUCCGAUGUACGACGUGCCUGACCAUCAAUGAUCUUGAAUACAACUCGGAGACCAAAGAUGAUGGCCAAGUAUCGGCAGCUAGGCCCUCGUUACAGCGCAAAAUCGUAUCUCUAUCGGUUGAGAGGACGAGAGCACUGCUUGAUCGCUGUCUCAGGCAGUAUCUCGAAUCUCGUAUUGAGCACGACGAACUUUCUACCCCUCCUCACCCAAUUCCAAUCGAGAAUCACUCGCCAGCCGAAGACUCGUUUCUCUUGGACGGAACACCACCAGAAGGCGUUUUGUAUGGACAGCUCAAUGCCGAACAGGACUCCCCACCGCCAUCGCCACGCCCAGGUAUGAAACCACGAAGCCCUUCAGAGGUCUCUAAUCUGUCUCCUCGUCACGCCAUCCGCCAUGGCGGGCCAUCCAUUGUUCAAGGUCACCCCGUUGAUCCUUUCAACUCGUCCGCGUCGACCCACAACAGGGCCCAGGACGCUAGAGGACGACAAACUGCAGAGCUUGCACAGCCUUCAACCACGUUAUCCGGCCCCAGAUCGGACGUUUUUCGUCUGGUUGAAAACUACAUUGCUGGCUGUUUUGUUGGAUGUGCCACGUUAAAUCAGUCUUUUCUUACCCCCCGGCCACCUCAAGAACCUAAACCUAGGUCUGCUUCAGGGACACAACAGAGACGACAGUUGUCCGAACCAGCUUCAACUCCGGUAAUCGAGCCUGACGUCUUCUUAUCUGAGCUUGAUGCAAAAACCCUGCUACUUGGCGACGUUGCGGAGAACGGGUCAUGGUGGUUAGGGGCUCCUAAUGGGCGUGUGGGUACGUCGGGGAAAGAUCCUCAUCACCAGCGAGACAGGUCGCCAGAGAAGACUCGCAGUUCUGCAAGUGCGAGAAAUCCUAGGAUCAAUUGGCUCGAACUUGCUGAAUGGUACCGCCUAGUGAUAUACGCAGGCGAUCUUUGGGAACAACGGUGGCACGAAUUGAGGCCUAAAUUGACAGAUCGAAAGGCACAACAGUGUUGGUACUCCACCUCUUUAGAGAGUAUUCAGCGAGACAUCAUCGAGUCUCGAAUACACCUACAGCGGAGCUUGCUGAAGAUUACGGAGAACCUCUUGAAACGGCCCAGGCAACCGUUGAAGCAUCCCGAUGAUUGUCGGUUCUUGUUGAUACUUCUAGCGAACCCGUUAUUGACACCAGCGAGGCUUGAGACAGGCAAGAUGUUUGGGGUUACAAUACCUCACCCGCCCAUCCCCGGGGGAAAACAGAUUGAUGACAGAGCUCGUGACUCGCCUUCAAAACGUGUUCCAAGCAGUGGUAGGCGACCAGGAAGUCUCGGCCACCACUCGGGUAUAAUCAAGCGGAUACUAGGCCUGUUGGCCAAUCUCUCGAACGAAAUCCACCAGUAUCUAGUUUCAUGGUUUUCUAGGUACUCUGAUGGCCACUUCCAAAGGACGGUGGAAAUGGUGGGCAGCUUCGUGAGUUACCGACUCUCCCGACAACAGAAGACCCCGGCCCACGAACUCAUCAAUCCCACAGAGGGGCUCGUUCCUAGCUUCUCUGACUCUGGGAUGCAUCAUGCUUCUCAAAUCCACGCCGCGCUAGGAGGCAGACCUUCUUCCACUUCAGCAGGCAAGUCUGACGGAAAGCCCAAGCUGUCUUCGUACGGUGAAGACUGGCAAAUCCGCGUGGCCGCACGAGUUAUGGCUUUGCUGUUCCAUGCGAAUGUGGGCCACACCGCGCGAAAGAGGGAUGCUUUUGCGGCGCACGAGCAGAGGUUGCAGAAUCCAGGUCUCAAUGCUAAGUACCACGCAUACUCUCACGGCCAGAUAAUACCAAUCAGCAACUUCUACAAUACGAUGCUGGACUAUGCAGACCUUGUGGCCGACUUCGAAACAUGGGAGACAACCAAGACAAAGUUUACCUUCUGCCAAUAUCCCUUUUUCCUUAGCAUAUAUGCUAAAAUCCAUAUCCUCGAGCACGAUGCUAGAAGACAGAUGGAGAUCAAAGCAAGAGAAGCCUUUUUUGACAGCAUCCUCAGCCGCAAAGCGGUCAGUCAGUAUCUCAUACUGAAAGUUCGGCGAGACUGCUUGGUCGAGGAUAGUCUCCGUAGCGUUUCUGAGGUGGUCGGAUCUGGCGGUAGUGAUAUCAAGAAAGGCCUGCGCAUCGAUUUUCAGGGCGAAGAAGGGGUUGAUGCAGGCGGUCUUCGGAAGGAAUGGUUCUUGUUGCUGGUGAGAGAGAUAUUUGAUCCUCAUCACGGACUGUUCGUUUACGAUGACGAUUCUCAUUACUGCUAUUUUAACCCAUUUUGCUUCGAAUCAUCCGAGCAGUUCUUCUUGGUUGGGGUUCUGGUCGGACUGGCCAUUUACAACUCGACAAUUUUGGAUGUGGCGUUCCCUCCAUUUGUCUUCAAGAAGAUGUUGGCUUCAGCGCCGUCGACCAGCGACAAGUUGUCAUCAGUUCCCAAAGUCGGCCAUGGGUUCACCCUCGAGGACUUGGCUGAGUUUCGGCCUGCUCUGGCGCGAGGCUUCAGGCAGCUGCUUGAGUUUGAGGGCGAUGUGGAGGAGACGUUCUGUCGCGACUUUGUAGCUGAAAUGGACCGCUAUGGAGACGUUAUCCAGGUUCCGCUGUGUCCUGGCGGUGAGAAACGAGCGGUGACCAACUCGAACCGUCGAGAAUUUGUCGACCUCUACAUCCAUUAUCUCCUCGACACAGCUGUGGCGAGGCAAUAUGAACCGUUUAAACGCGGCUUCUUCACUGUCUGUGGAGGCAAUGCGCUGUCCCUGUUCCGACCCGAAGAGAUCGAGCUUCUCGUGCGAGGCUCUGAUGAACCACUUGACAUCGCUAGCUUGCGCGCCGUCGCGACAUACGAAGGCUGGCCCAAGCAGGAAGGACCGCCCGAACAGCAGCCCCAAGUUGUCUGGUUCUGGGAGUUUUUCGCACGCGUAUCACCUAUGGAUCAGCGGAAGAUCCUCAGCUUUAUCACGGCUAGCGAUCGGAUUCCGGCCAUGGGUGCCACCAACCUGGUGAUCCGCAUCCAGUUGAUUCGUGCCAAGGAGGAAAUGGACGAACUUGGAAGGCCAACGAAUGACCCGGUGGAGAGAUUCCCUAUUGCGAGAACAUGCUUUAAUACCCUGAGUCUGUAUCGAUAUGCAUCGAGAGAGAAGUUGGAGGAGAAACUCUGGAUGGCUGUGCAGGGGAGCGAAGGAUUUGGGUUGAAAUAG